AUGAACCUGAACAGCAGCAUGGAUAAAGAUCCUGGGUACUGGAAGGGAGAAGACAGAUUGUCUCAUGAUAGAAAUCCACAUUUCGACAGGAUGCCACUUGAGAGGAGCUUUGAGAGAGGCCCCAUGCUCGAGAAACAGCCAGUUGGGCAGUUGAAUGUAUCUGUAAUUGAUUACCAACAUAAAACGAGAGAGGACUCCAUGGACAUAGUGGAGAGAGUGGACAAGAGAUAUAGUCCACAUGAUGUCCGAGAUAUAAUUGACAGUGGGCCUUGUAAAAAGAUGCGUUACAACGAAGAUAUUGGUCAAGCUGCAUAUGGAAUUGAACGAAAUAUGCCAAACAGUUUUCCAUUUUGUAUCAAGAUCCUGGCUGGGAUGAACAAUCUUGCUAAAAUUAGGCCAAUGAAGGUCCAGGCUAGAAUUGGACUUCAGCAACCCAUGCUGGUCAUAAGAAAUAACAAACAGGAUCAAGUGUGUGGAUUGCAGAACCAUAAAGCCAGAGUACAGUGUUACAGAUGUUUUAAAACGAGAGACAAGACAACGGAAGCAGGCCCAUACAAGGGCACGUUUUAUCCUCCUAGGGCUACCCAGCCCGUGGACACCCAUGAAAAUGUCAGGAAGAGAAUCCGUGUGUCCAACUUACCCUUGUCUGUGUCAGCUGAGGAGAUGUUUAACGUGUUUAGUGAAUGUGGAAAGAUUGUCUACGCCAACAUUGUCAUCGAUCCAGCGACUAAAUGGUCGAAAGGUUUCGGCUAUGUGUCCUUCAACACGGAAAGCGAGGCCGCCUACGCUGCCACAAGGACUUACAGGCUGAUAGGGAGUUUUAUUUAUUGUAGCCGUGUGAAGUUUACGGAGAAAUUAUCAACCAAUUAUGAUGACAUCAGCUCGGAUGAAGAGGACUCUGGUCCGAUGUUCAAAUGUCAGGUGGAUUGCUGUGGAUUCAAGGGAAGACGACAAAAAUUCCAUCACCACUGGAAGGAAAUCCAUUCCAGUUUUGGCAAAUUGUUCAUUUGCCCAGUAUGUGACACUGGCUGUGCAGACCGCUGUGCGAUGAGAUCUCACUUGAUGCAGGGGCAUGGUGUCACCAAUGAGGGUGGAACCUUGGAUAAUGUCCUAAGAAAUGUUAAGAUGGAGUUGAGGCGAAAUCCGUUUUAUGUCAACCCUGGUUGUAGUGAGAAAGAAGCAAUGGUGGAGAUUGGCAACAGUAAGAUUAGGUCUGCACAAAAAAGUCACAAAACCGUGAAAGUGUACAAGUGUCCUGAAACGGGAUGUGUGUUUGCUGCAUUGGCGAAUUCUUUCAUACGACAUUGGAACUGUAAUCAUCUGGAGUCGAGCAGUGUCCUGACAUGCCCUGUUUGCUCAGUUCAUUUUGUCGAGAAAGCAAAACUGAUUGCACAUUUCAGGAUUGAGCAUAAAAUUCAUCCCUACGAUGAUGUGAUUGGAAGUGAAGUUGCUGGUGCUGAGAAAAUCAGGUCUGAUGAAGAUGAGGAAGAAUUCAAAAUGCUAUCUGGCAAAUAUAUUUGCAGAGUAGCAGCAUGUGAUUUCCAUGGUCCAAAAUCGGCUUUCCGGCGUCAUUGGGAGGAAAGACAUGUAUUGAAUCAAACUUACUUUAGAUGUCCAUACUGUAGCGUUGGAUGCAGGAAUCAGCCACAGAUUAGAUACCAUAUGGUUAAGGUACACAAGGUGCAAAUUACCGACCCAAUUUUAGAUGAUGCCUUGACCAGAACUUUCGCAAAAGAAAGACGUAAUCCCAAUUUCUUGGACCCAGGUAAUGUUGAACGUGAAGCAAAGAUUGAAAUUUGUGUCCGAAAACCACCUCUAUCUUUUGAUCAGAAGAAAACAUCGAGGUCUAAAAGUGCAGCUGAAAAUUUAAGAGAGAAAAAAUCUAGUAAGAAGACCACUUUGAAAACCACCAAAGAAGCAGUGUCAUUUGUCAAUAACCCUCCAGACUAUUUGCUGAUGAAGUACAAUGGACAGAAGGCAGAUAGCAUCAAGACAUUCCUGGCAUGGACAGACAGCCUGAUGGAGAAUCUAGAGAUGGCUCAUCAGAAAGCUCAGAAAAAGCUGCAAGAGUAUGACGAGAAGAACAGUAAGCAUAAAAAGUGUGAGGAGAACAGCAAGCUGCAUGACCUUAAAGAAAAUAACAGCAAGUUGGAGGAGCCUGAUGACAAUAGCCAACUGAAGGAGCUUGAGAACAGCAACCUACAGGAGCUGGAGAAGAAGGGUGAUUUGCAGGAGGUUGCAGAGAACAUUACACUGAAGAAGCAUGAAGAGGAGAACAUUGAGAUGUUGGACCUUGAGAACAUCAAGCUGCAGGAGCUUGCGGAGAACAGUGAGAUCCAGGAACUUGAUGAGGACAAUAGCAAGCUCCAAGAUCUUGAGAACAGUGAGCUCCAAAACAUGGAGGACAACAGUGAGCUUGAGGAGAACACUGAGUUGCAGGAGGUUGAUGAGGAGAACAGUGAGCUGCAGGAGGUUGAUGAGGAGAACAGUGAGCUGCAGGAGGUUGAUGAGGAGAACAGUGAGCUGCAGGAGGUUGAUGAGGAGAACAGUGAGCUGCAGGAGGUUGAUGAGGAGAACAGUGAGCUGCAGGAGGAGGAGGUUGAUGAGGAGAACAGUGAGCUGCAGGAGGUUGAUGAGGAGAACAGUGAGCUGCAGGAGGUUGAUGAGGAGAACAGUGAGCUGCAGGAGGUUGAUGAGGAGAACAGUGAGCUGCAGGAGGUUGAUGAGGAGAACAGUGAGCUGCAGGAGGUUGAUGAGAACAGUGAGCUGCAGGAGGUUGAUGAGGAGAACAGUGAGUUGCAGGAGGUUGAUGAGGAGAACAGUGAGCUGCAGGAGGUUGAUGAGGAGAACAGUGAGCUGCAGGAGGUUGAUGAGGAGAACAGUGAGCUGCAGGAGGUUGAUGAGGAGAACAGUGAGCUGCAGGAGGUUGAUGAGGAGAACAGUGAGCUGCAGGAGGUUGAUGAGGAGAACAGUGAGCUGCAGGAGGUUGAUGAGAACAGUGAGCUGCAGGAGGUUGAGGAGAACAGUGAGUUGCAGGAGGUUGAUGAGGAGAACAGUGAGCUGCAGGAGGUUGAUGAGGAGAACAGUGAGCUGCAGGAGGUUGAUGAGAACAGUGAGCUGCAGGAGGUUGAUGAGGAGAACAGUGAGAUCCAAGAGCUUGAUGAGGAGAACAGUGAGCUCCAAGAGCUUGAGAACUGCGAGAUGCAGGACCUUGAGGAGAACAGUGAGCUCCAAGACCUUGAUGAGAACAGCGAGCUGCAGGAACUUGAGGACAACAGUGAGCUGCAGGUGCUUGAUGAGGAUAACAGCGAGCUGCAGGAUCUUGAGGAGAACAGUGAGUUGCAAGAGCUUGAGGAGAACAGUGAGCUCCAAGAGCUUGAGGAGGAAAACUGUGAGAUGCAGGAGCAUGAGGGAAACAGUGAGCUCCAAGAGCUUGAUGAGGAGAACAGCAGUUAGAAGAAAGAUGCUUAUUGGAAGAAGUUACAUUGGAACAGUUUUCUUGGAAACCAAGCAGGGUUCAUGUGUGGGGACAGUAUUGUGUUUGAACAGUCAUGCAUUUGGAGUCUGUACAUAUUAAUUUCAAGGAAGAGUGAGGUCAAGAAACAUUAUUGUGUUGGUUGUGUCAUUGACUGACAUUUGAAGUUUGUGAGUGGUUCGCGUUUGUUGUCUUUUAUCCUUAUCAUUUAAAGAUAGGCCAGAGGAAUGUACAUUAUGGCCCUGAUGUUAGAGAAGACAUAUUAUGUUUACUGUGGAACCAUACCGUUAUGACGUGGGUGUUUAUGUAUAGUAAGUGCACAUGUGUACAGACAUUCUUGAGUUGUAUAUCAAUGUCAUGCACAGGAACAUUGUGCAGUGAAGUUUGUCAUUGGCAUCGUCAGGAAAUAAAGAUGAGGUCUUGAAGUUGUCAGAUGGUGUAGUAUGAACAUUUCUAACUCAGAGAUGAAGAUGGGGAAAAGUGCCUCAAGUGUUUUCCUUGUGCUGGUUUGUCCAUGCAAGAUGGUGUUGAAGAUGUAGGUGCCAAAUGUUCAUAUGGAGGUUGUUCCUUCAUUUUAGACCACCAGACAUAAACUGUGUUACUUUUUAUGUGAGAUUGGGUCUUUUAUUUUGAAAAGAUCCAACAGCUCUGUGCUGGGUUCCCUUUUAUGUCAAUAUUUGGAGAUCUUCAGAGACUCGUCUGUCAACGUUUGAAUGAUUCUUGGAACCUGUCAAGUGUGUCAAUCUUUGGAGAUUAUUGGAGCCAAGUUGAAACUGUCACUCUUGGAAGAUUCUUGGAGUCUUGUCAUGUAUGUCUGUCAUUGAAGAUUCAUGGAGCCUCGUCUCACAUGUCACUAAUGAUUCUUGGAGCCUGGUCGUGUUUGUAUACGGUUCGUGGAUCCCCGUCCUGUGGAAGUCUUCACGUAUGAUCUGUUUUCAAUGAUUCUUGGUUAUAUUGGAUACAGACAGGAAGAGCCAGAAGAGUGGAGGACAAAGUACGAGUCAUAACAGAAAUACGUCUGGAAAAACGUCUCUCGCUCGGACAAUACAGAUUUUCACACUCGUUUCGUGUAAGUCGUAUGACACACUUGCUCAUGUAAUGAUCUCUAUUUAUAGCAUGUACCAAGUGGGUCUUUGAAUUCUAUACCCAUUCACAGUUGAAAUAAUAUUAUGUCAGUUUGAA